UAUAGUAUACUUUUGAGCUUUUAAAUAAGACAGUAUUCAUUAAUAUCGUUCAAUGUAUACUUGCCUAAAUGAAUACCAAAAUGUAGGACAAUUGUUAUUGCUUAGUGAAUUGUCAUGACAUGAACAAGUCCAACAAGUGUGAGCAAGUGAAUAAAUUGAAUAAAAACCAUGGCUGGAUCAGCAUUACGACGCCUUAUGGCAGAAUACAAACAGUUAACCUUGAAUCCACCGGAAGGUAUUGUAGCUGGACCUGUUAAUGAAGAAAACUUUUUCGAAUGGGAAGCAUUAAUUACUGGUCCAGAAGGUACUUGUUUUGAAGGUGGGGUUUUUCCUGCCAAGCUCAUAUUUCCACCUGAUUAUCCAUUAAGUCCACCGAAAAUGCAAUUCACCUGUGAAAUGUUCCAUCCAAAUAUUUAUGCUGAUGGAAGGGUUUGUAUCAGCAUUCUUCAUGCUCCUGGUGAUGACCCAAUGGGCUAUGAAAGCAGUGCUGAACGAUGGAGUCCAGUUCAAAGUGUUGAAAAAAUUUUGUUAAGUGUCGUCAGCAUGUUAGCGGAACCGAAUGAUGAAAGUGGGGCUAAUGUUGAUGCCGCUAAAAUGUGGAGAGAAGAUAGAGCAGAAUUUCAGAGAAUUGCACAGAAACUUGUUCGUAAAACACUUGGCAUUCGAACAUAAGAACUUUAUUCGUGAAUAUAUAAAUGAUAAAUCAUAUUCUUUAUAUUUAUUUGAUUUCAAGAUUCUAUUUGAAUAAAUGAUAUGAGAAUCCAAAUUAAUUUGGCGUAAAAAAAUAA